CCAACAUUAAGUCAAACAUCAUUUAUGGCAAAGCCAGUUCUCUUAUUUCUUCUUAGCCUAGUAGUAACCUCCCAUGCAACAUGUCCUAGGGACUCAAACAACGUUCGUAACCAAGAAAACCAAAUCCAUCUCCUCCGGCCGAUAACCGGGGCGGCCGGCCGGAAUAUCCCGGAAAUCGACUGCCUCAGCUGGCGCCUGGCGGUGGAAACCUACAACCUCCGCAACUGGGGUAUGCUGCCGAGCUCUUGCGAAGAUUACGUCGGACAUUACAUGCUCGGAAAACAGUACCGGAAGGAUUGUGAAGCCGUGGCCGACGUUGCGAUUGAGUAUGCUAAGAGCCUUAAACUGAGUGGAAAUGGCAAAGAAAUUUGGGUGUUUGACAUUGAUGAAACAACGCUCUCUAAUCUUCCUUACUAUGCUCGAUCCGACGUCCAAUUUGGGGCACUUCCAUAUAACGCCACACGAUUUGACGAGUGGGUGGCUACCGGAGAUGCGCCCGCAGUUCCGGCAGUUCUUCGUCUAUACAAGACGGUGUUAGCUCUUGGGAUCAAGCCGGUGUUCUUAUCAGGGACAAAAGAAAAACUCAGGCAAAGUAGGAUCUCCAAUCUAAACAAAGCCGGUUAUCGCAAAUGGGAGAAGCUUAUCCUCAAGGGACAAAAUGAACCUCAUUCAUCAGUGGAAUACAAAUCCAACAAGAGGACAGAGCUAGUGGAAGCUGGAUACAUAAUUGUUGGAAAUAUUGGAGAUCAAUGGAGUGAUUUGAUAGGGACAAAUGUUGGCAAUAGGACUUUCAAAGUACCAGAUCCAAUGUAUUUCAUUAGCUGAAAAGUUAUUAGGGACUCCCCCCCGCGACUAAUGUGAUGCCAUUUUACACUUAAUUAAUAAGCAGCUUUGUUUUCCCAAAAAAAAAAAAAGCAUCUGGAGCUUGCCAUGUAUGAUGUACCUCAUAUCAUUUGGUGAACUAUGCUGAA